AUGGAAGGAGUACCGUCAGCUACGAAGUUCAAACACGAACCCCUCCCGGAUUCGAAUACACACAUACGACUGCUAGAAAUCCAGGGCAUCGAUGCAUAUGAUCAUGUAGUUUGUCUUCUUACCGCCUGGCCAGUUGAACAAGCUCCAGAUUACUAUGCUUUGUCAUACACCUGGGGCUCACCUAAUUCAAGUCAUGAAAUUAUUAUCAAUGGAUGUAUCUUCAUGGCAGGUCGAAAUUGCGUCUAUGCGCUCAGACAGGCGCUUUCAACGAAAGCGAGCAGGUAUUUCUGGAUGGACGCUCUCUGCAUCGACCAAAGCACCACACAGGAAAAGAGUCACCAAGUGGGUAUGAUGGCACAGAUAUACGCAAGAUCGCGACAUGUAUUGGCGUGCGUUGGG